GAUGCCAUUUAUUGUACAUGGCCUUGUCUCGCUGACGAUAAUCAAUCUCAAAUAUUUCGUAUCUAGAUACAACGUAAUUCAUGACCGUAGCCAAUCACAACAAACACGUGACGUUAGUGUCGAGGUUUUCUCUGCGUCACAUUUGACAGAAUAGAAAUUUUCUUAAAUUACGUAGAGUACAAUAAUCAAUAUUAAAAGGAUAUUGCUAAAAAAUAAUAUGUAUAUGAGAAAAAGACCGAACUUUUCCUAUGCAAAAUAAACUCCAUUAAUAAUAUUCAUGACGUAGAGUUCAAGGAACUUCUCGAGUUUCAAGUCUUCGUUCUAAUAACAAUUAUACGGUCAAGAUUUUACAGUUGUUCGUCCAAUUUUCCGGAGAAAUACUUCGGAAGCAGCGGCCAUUAAUCUUUGCAACAACGAUUUAUACCGAUAAAACGUUUAUAGAAAUAAACCUAAUCGUGUGAGCAUAAUGAAAGACACGCCCUAUUCGGUGGUACCGCUGCACAAGCGUAUGGAUCUAACGCGGCAGUGUGCAAAACUAGUAAAUUCCGAAUGGCCAAGAAGCGAAACGGCGCGGUUGAGAAGCUUGUACACUUCGUGUGAUAAAUUUCCUACGUGUCUUGUACUUUUGGAUGAUACAAAUGUCGUGGGACAUUGUAAAAUAUCCUUGGUACCAAAUAUGUGCGAUUGUUGUUUCUUAGAAUCUGUUGUAAUUGACCAAAAAUGUAGAGGACGAGGUUUGGGUUCAUUGCUCAUGCGUCGUUCGGAAGAAUAUGUGUCAAAGAGAGGAAUAACCAAGGUUCUUCUAUCGACAAAGGGACAAGAGGAGUUUUACAAAAAAUUGGGAUACAGAAUUUGCGACCCGUUAAACUUGCAUGAAAAUUCAUACCGCGAAAAAGAUUCUGCACACUCUACUCCGCAAAAACAAUCAAACACAACUACGUCGAUAGGACCUCCUCCUCCACCCAUGCCAAGUAUACUAAGGAAUACCAGUUUGCUAUUUUCAGCGGGAAAAACAUACAUGAUGAAGAACUUAUGAACCAUCGCAUCAUUUUGGUGGAAUUGCAACGCUAAUUAUUAUCAUUAUUAUCAUUAUUAUUAAUGAUAUUGUAUUUAUAAAUGAAAGCCGCAUACAUGAUAUAUAUAAUUUUUUUUUCUUUUUCAACUACUGGUUAUGUAACAAAUGACCUUAUCAACAAUGUGUAACCAUGUAACACGUGUACAGUACUAUGUGUAUAUUACAAUUUCUGUGAUAUUCCCUGCAAUCACCUCAACGGCUCCGCUUAAAAUAUACUUGUUUUAUAACUAUGUGUACCUGAGUCAGUAAAAAUGUCCAAUGAAUUCAAACUUUCUUAUCACAUACACUAUUUACUCCUGCCUAAUUGCGAAUAUAAUUCCAAACCAAGAUAUCGCAAUCAAACUAUACGCUACUUGCGAAUGAAUCUCUAGUCUCUCCGCGCUUUGAUUUACUGCUACUUCGUUUGAUAACAAAUUUGUUGUAUUGUAGAUUUUCCAAAGACACGCAUGCAUUGCGAUACGAAACCAAUUGACCGACGAUACAAAUACCAAACUGAAUCUAUUGCACCAUUAUUCUUAAUUUUUCUAUAACAAAGAUAGACUUGAUUUACACUUUAACUAUAGCUGCACUAAACAGUUAAAAUUAGAACGAAUGAAUAUAUCAAAAGAAGCUCUCACGAUAUUCAAUAUUGGUCAAUUUGUUAAAACGAUUUCUAAUCUGAUAUUCCAGUACAUCUACCAGAAUUUUACUUCUUAUUAGACAUUUUUCAUUUUCAAUUCCUUACCAAAUAACGAACUUUAAAAAAAUUGUGUUUCCUUAGUUUUGUCUUUAUGUCUGAUUUACAGAUUAAAAAUAUCUAAUAAGGUCAAC